AUGUUCAGCGAGCUAUUUCCACCAAAGUCAACGUGGAAUGUCGAAGAUGUUCCCGACCUCACUGGCCAAACCAUCCUCGUUACAGGCGGUAGCUCCGGCAUCGGGAAGGAGAUGUCGAGGGUUUUAGUGGCCAAGAACGCUCGAGUUUACAUUGCCUCCCGCUCCGAACACAAGUCCUUAGAAGCCAUCGAGGAGAUCAAAGCUUCUACGGGGAAGACGGAGGUCUUCUUCCUCAAACUUGACCUUGGCGACCUUCGCGCUGUCAGGGAGGCUGCAGAAGAGUUCAUGCGAAAGGAGUCAGAGCUGCAUGUCCUGGUCAAUAACGGAGGGGUGAUGAGCCCACCAGUAAAAGAAUUAACGGUUCAAGGGUAUGACCUUCAGUUUGGAACUAAUGUUCUGGGUCAUUUCUUCUUCACCUCUUUGUUACUGCCAAUCCUCCGUCGCACUGCCACCAACCCGCACAAUGAAGCUCAUCGUGUCCGUAUCGUUGUAUUGUCCUCGAGCGCACAUAUGUUUGCAUCUGAGGGAAUCCUAUGGGAAACGUUACAGAAGGGCGAUGUCGCCACAAAAGCGAGGGAGAAUAAAGGACAUCGUUGGCUUUACGGGCAAAGCAAGCUUGGGAACAUAUUAAUAGCAAAGGAAUUAGCUAGGCGUUUCGGUGACCAGAGCAUCGUUACCACGUCUGUGCAUCCAGGUAGCAUCGUUUCGGACAUGCAGCGUCACCUCAACCCCAUCGCGGUGUGGAUCAUGCGCAAGCUCCUCGGCUACCCAUUAAGUAUGGGAAUUAUUACUCCAUUGUUUGCCGCCACCGCUCCGGAGACGUUGGGGAUGAAUGGGGAGUACAUUACUUGCUGGGCACGAAGAUCGAUCCCUCGAGGCAAGGGGUGUGACCAGGCGCUGUCAGCAAGGUUGUGGGACUGGUGUGAGGAGCAGGUCAAGGGAUUUUGA